AUGCCCGCAACUCCUAGCGGUCACUCGCCAAAUCCCUUGCCGUCAAUUUCGUCGACCACAAACUGCCAGGACGGCAGCUCAUCGACGCUUUGUGAAUAUAAUUUUCUAAAACGAAAAUUUGACGGUGAGUGUGACUUAAGUGACUGCAGCGCCAAUGUCGGUGUCUCGGAAAGCAGCAACGCUGAUUAUCGGAACUCCACCGCGCGCACAACGCCGGCCUGGAAGAAGCGUCACCUACAAGAAACCACCAGUGAUACAACCGAUCUAAAUGCCUGUUACAAUAAUGACGCCACCAACCACUACAACAUUUACAGUGCUACACACACCGAGACACAAAUGCUAAUUGAUGCCAUACAAACCGAUGAAAAUGUACAGAAUGAGAUAUGUGUCAGCACAAGUGCCAGCAAUUCCACCAACAACAGCUGUACUACAAAUAACAACAACAAUAUGAAUGAUAAAGCUAACAAUAAUAAUAAUAAUAGUAACAACAACAGCAAUAUGACAUUUAACCUUAUAAGCGGCAGCAGUUCCUUCAUCAACGAUCUCUUCGCCUACGAUGCCAAUCUGAUUGUGCCAGUUACCGCUAGUCUGGUGAGCCAGCCCACCAAUGGCAGCGCUGAUUCCACAUUGCCGGCCUUUGUAACACCAUCUAACGUCUGUGUAAAUACCAACUAUGAUGAUGGCAGCAAUUGGCAAGCCACCGAUCUGCUAGAGCUCGAUCAUCGUUAUAAUUCUGGUUUGCAAACCGAAAUCGCACACCUACAUCCGACAGUCGCCUUGAAGGCGGCAGAGGAGAGCACACUCAGCGUUGUACAGCAAAGGCAAAAGCACCCACAUCCACUACAGCAACAACAGCAAACAGAGGCAUCCAAUCAAUCACAGUUUCUAAUUCCUGAGAAACAAGUGUCAAGUCCAAACGGCAAUACGGGUCUUAGCAGAUAUCGUACGUUAUCAGCAGGUGGUCAAUUCUUCCAAACGCAACCUAGUCAACAAUCUACGCUUGCACAAUCAAAUGAACUGACAGAUACAGAGGCUGACUUUGAAGACCGAAAUCUCUCUUGGUAUUCCACAAAACGUUAG